CUCUUCCACUUCCUCCCUCCCUCCAACCUGCCGCUCACUGCAGCACAACGGCCGAGACUCAGAUCUGCCCAUCUCUCCCCGCUGUUUGCCUUGGCCUGACUUCCCUUUGCCCCAGGUGCCGACCUCUGCCACGGGUCCAGAGACAUGCAAGCUAUCAAGUGUGUGGUGGUGGGAGACGGAGCUGUAGGCAAAACCUGUCUCCUCAUCAGCUACACCACCAAUGCCUUCCCAGGAGAAUACAUCCCUACUGUGUUUGAUAACUAUUCCGCCAACGUGAUGGUUGACAGCAAGCCUGUAAAUCUGGGGCUAUGGGAUACUGCUGGACAAGAGGAUUAUGACAGGCUGAGGCCGCUGUCUUACCCGCAGACGGAUGUCUUCCUGAUCUGCUUCUCUCUUGUCAGCCCAGCAUCUUAUGAAAACGUUC